AUGAGCUUCCAAUUUAAUGUCAAUAACAAUGCGGGCUCAAACACAAAUGGAAACUCUCCUUUCGGUGGUAUGAGCACUCCUAACAAAGGAGCUACUACUGGGUUUGGAGGAUUUGGAUCUACUUCAAAUGCAAACAACAAUCAAUCUGGUCAAAAUCAAACAGGCAGCAUCUUUGGGGGUCCUUCAGGGAAAUCUUCACUCUUUGGAAGUACGGGCGGUACGUCAAAUGCGUUUGGACAAAACGGCACUCCCACGUUUGGAACUACAUCUUCAAAUCAAACAACUGGAAGUGAGGCACCAAAAUCUUUUGGAUCUUCUGGUGCAAAUGGUUUUCAAUUUGGCAAUGCGAGCUCCACUAAUAAUAGCACGACGGCUAAAGCCCCGUUUUCUUUUGGUUCAAACGCUGCUGGUAGCAACCUCGGUUUGAAAUCUUCUACGGGACUUGGCUUUAACACGACUAACUCAAAUGCUAGUCAAGAUACUAAGAACUCGGAUGGGGGGAGCGGUACUAAUGCCUUUAGUCUUGGUACGACAGCGGGUAGUGCUACAACAGGCGGUGCUGCAUCGAAUGAUAAUAAACCUACUUUUAGCUUUGGUGCAAGUGCUCAAAAUAAGUCUAAUGCUCAAGGGGCCUUUACAUUUGGAUCGACCGUUGAGAAAAACAAUCAAGCCAACUCAUCAGUAUCGUUUGGGAGUGCAUUGGACCAGAAAAAGGGCAACCCACCUUCUGGAAGCACUGAAGCAGCAGCCAAGAGCUCCCCAGCUUUCAGUUUCGGUGCUAAUCAAAAUGAUAAAAAAAAUGAAGCCAAGCCAUCUGCGUUCGGUACGUCAAGUGAGAAAAACAGCUCUUCCGGACCUUCACUCACAUUUGGAUCGUCGUCUGAUAAGCCUGGAUUCGGUUUUGGGUCCUCGGCAAGUAAAAGUGACAAUUUGGAAUCCAAAGCCGCGUUUUCAUUCGGUCAAUCAUCAGGUGUAAAAAAUAAAGAAAAUAAGCCCUUUAGUUUUGGUGGUACUGUUGGGGAGGAAGAUAAAUCUGAUGCAAAGCCCGCAUUUUCCUUUGGAGCUGCAUCCAAUCAACAAGGUGACGCAAAAGCACCAUUUUCUUUCGGGACAACAGACAGUAAAAAAGACGGCAACAAGUCCACUUCGUCUACAGUAAACACAAGUAAUAAAGAUGAAACAAAACCAGCCUUUUCUCUAGGUUCUAUCAGUGCUAAAAAUGAUGGCAUAAAACCAGCACUUUCAUUUGGUAACACAAAUGAACAAAAAGCGACACCUCAACCAACCGCAACAUCUGAGCCUGCUAUUGGCAAAGCUGAUGAUAAAAAGCCAGCGUUUACUUUUGGUGCUGCAUCAGAGAAGAAAGACGGAAAUCAGCCAGCUUUUUCUUUUGGCUCCUCAUCAGAGAAAAAAGAUGACAACAAGACAGGCUUCUCUUUUGGCCAAUCGUCAGAUAAAAAAGAAGAUAAGAAACCAGCCUUUUCUUUCGGUACUACAUCCGACAAGAAAGAAGAUAGCAAGCCAGCUUUUUCAUUUGGCGCUACCAACAAGAAUUCCAGUGAAAAAUCAGCGUCUACUUUCGGAUCAAAAGCAGAAAAUAAAGAUGAGGCCAAGCCAUCGUUCCCUUCAAGCGCACUCCCCGAAAAGAAAGAUACUGAUAAGCCUGCCUUCUCUUUCGGUACUUCAAGUGAAAAGAAAGCGGAUACUAAACCCGCUUUUAGUUUCGGCGCUAGCAAAUCGGCAGCAGAAGAUGCGACAUUUCAAAAAACAGGAGAAAGUUCGAAGCCCGCGAGUGGUGGUCUCUCAUUCGGCUCAGAAGCUACGGGAGAAAAGUCUGCAAAUACAGGAUUCACUUUAGGUGCAGGAAAGACGGAUACCGCGAACAAAGCUGAAGGAUUUUCUUUCGGGACGAAAAAGGUCGCCGAGCCAAGCUCUGAUAGCACAAAGCCUGCUAGUUUUUCUUUGGGUGCCACGAAAGAUGGCACAGGAGCUUCUACUGGCUUUUCAUUAGGAGCGAAGAAGGACGAGGUCAAGAAAGAUGCCGCUGAUUCGUCUACCACAUCGAAAAAUACUUCUAUCCAAAAAGAAGUCGAAAUUCAACCCGUGUCAUUGGACAACAAAACUUUAGAUGAUUUGGUCACGAAAUGGACGUCACAAUUGACUGGCGCAGCUAGUCAUUUUGAUCAAUAUGCCGAAAAGGUCAAGGAAUGGGAUCAAAUAUUGGUCCAAGGUGGAGAGCAGAUCAGUCAACUAUACUCUGAUGUAUUAAUCGCUGAGCAGACUCAGAAUAGAAUUGAUCAAUCCUUGUUGUAUAUUGAAAGGCAACAAACAGACUUGGAGACGUUUCUAGAUAAUUACGAAAAGAAAGCUGAAACAUUACUUUCCGAAGUUCUAUCGACCAAUAAUGGGUCGCCUUCCGGAAACACUAACGACCAGAAGCGUCAGCAGGCAUACCACACUGCAGAGCUUCUUGACGAAAACUUGAAUUCUUUGUCCUUAAACUUAUCAUCCCUGAUUACAGAAAUAAACGAUGUCAGUGAUACAUUUAACAGAGCUACGAAUUUGAGCAUAGCUAAUAAAGAUGAGAAUACUCAGCUAAUCAAGUUACUCAACUCUCACUUGGAUGCAUUAAAAUCUCUAGAUAGCAGUUCCAGUGCCUUGGAGCAAAAGAUCAAGACGAUAUAUAAGUAA